GAUGUUUACUGCUGACGUUUAGCUGAGACCGCUAACGAUGCUGACGUUAGAUAAUGAGAUAAACUGGCGAAAUAAAUGUUAAAUUGCCCUCUCAUAUUCAGGAUAGACGUGGUGCUCAUGACACAGACACGAUGCUGGAGUCCUAUGUCACCCCUCUUGUGAUGAGCUAUGUGAACAAGUACAUCAAAAAUCUCAAGCCGUCUGACCUGCAGUUGUCUCUCUGGGGAGGAGAUGUGGUGCUGAGCAAGUUGGAUCUCAAGCUGGAUGUGCUGGAGCAGGAGCUAAAGCUGCCCUUCACUUUCAUGAGCGGCCACAUCCAUGAGCUGCGUAUCCACGUACCCUGGACCAAGCUGGGCUCAGAGCCUGUCGUCAUCACCAUCAACACCAUGGAGUGUAUCCUCAAGCUGAGAGAUGGAGCUCAGGAGGACCAUGAGAGCGGCUCCAGCUCCACCAGCCGCAGCAUGUCGGACAGCUCCAAGUCUGUGGCCAAGCCUCGCCGCAUUCAGCAGGCCGCACCCAGUGAUCCGGACCUGCCCGCAGGCUAUGUACAGAGUCUGAUCAGGCGAGUGGUGAACAAUGUUAACAUUGUGGUGAACAACCUGAUCCUGAAGUAUGUGGAAGAUGACAUUGUGCUGUCGGUCAACAUUACGUCAGCGGAGUGCUACACUGUUGAUGAUAUGUGGGACAGAGCCUUCAUGGACAUCGCCACGCCAGAACUGGUCCUGAGGAAAGUGAUCAAUUUUGCAGACUGCACUGUGUGUUUGGACAAGCGGAACGCCAGCGGCAAGAUUGAGUUUUACCAGGAUCCCCUUCUGUACAAAUGUUCCUUCAGAACACGUCUUCACUUCACCUAUGACAACAUCAAUUCCAAGAUUCCAUCGGUCAUCAAAAUCCAGACCAUGGUGGAGAGUCUGAAGCUGUCCAUUACUGACCAACAGCUACCGAUGUUCAUCCGCGUCUUGCAGCUGAUUAUUGCACUCUACUACGGGGAGAUUGGAGGCCACAAAGAGCGAGACAUGGAGGAGAGCAGUGGUCACACAAGGGAGUGUGGAACAGGUUUAUCUGGGAUGGAUGUGGACAUGGAAAGCCAGGGAAUGACUGGCCAGUACCCGAGCCCAGACCUCUACAGACAUGGGGGGACAGAUGAGUCAGACCAAGGCUGGGUGUCCUGGGCAUGGUCCUUUGUCCCAGCCAUUGUAGGUGCAGAGGAGGAUGGAGAAGAUGGUAUCUAUCAGCAGAGAGAGACUGGAGACACCACAAACAGCCCCCAACAACACACACUCAAAGACCCCAUUGUUUCCAUCGGUUUCUACUGCACCAAGGCCUCAGUUACUUUCAAGCUGACAGAGACUCAGUCAGAGAGCAGCUACUACAGUCCUCAGAAGGUGAAGUCCAGAGAGGUCCUGUGUGUCGAGCAAGAGGGAAUUACCAUCGAGGUGCUAAUGAUGGGGGAGCCCUUUUUUGAUUGUCAGAUUGGUUUUGUGGGCUGCUGGGCUCGCUGCCUAAAAAGCAUCAUGGGAGUACGGGAUUUUGAAGAAAAUAUGAACCGAAGUGAAGAGGAUUCCAUAUUCUUCACCUGUGGGGAGAGCCUAAGCAGUAAAGGAAUGACAUACCUGACCAACUCUCUGUUUGACUACCGCAGUCCAGAGAACAAUGGAGUGCAUGCCGAGUUCAUCCUGGAUGCCACCAAUCACAAGGAGACAUACACUGAGAUAGCAGGCAUGCAGCGCUUUGGGGCUUUCUACAUGGAUUACCUCUACACAAUGGAGAACAGCAGCGGCACAGGAUCACAGGAUUUCUCGACAGCGAGCAUGGAGGAAGUGUCGCCCCCUGUCCAAGAGACAUCUGUCAAGCGGCUGGUGGUGGGACCUCUGGACAUCCGGCUGCACAGCAGUGCCAUCCACCGCAUCCUGAAGAUGGUAACCUGUGCUAUGGAUCACGAGUAUGAACCGUACUGCAAGCUACAGCGAGAAAUGGUCGAAGAGAUCCGUGGUCCAGCCACUCCAGAUGAGAUAGCGAGGUUGGAAGAAUUCAUCCCUACCAACCUCAGCUGUCCUCACUCGCUCCAAGUGUCAGUCACUGUGUCUAUGGCUGAGUUCAACCUCCUUCACACACUGAUGCCCAUCAUCAUGAGGCACAAGGCUGCAUCAGUACUGGUGCAAGUACCAGUGUUUCAGCCAGUGCGUCCUCGUGCCUGCUGUGCAGUUCCAUGUGGACAGGGUGAUUUUGAACACUCCGUGCCCAUGUAUGCAACAGAGUUGCUCAGCAUGGUCAGCAGCCUGAACCAGCCUUCAGACAAUCUGCUACACCACUGCUAUUCACACCUUUACCUCAAGGUCUUUGGGUUUCAGGCGGGCUUGACAAGCCAGGAGAGUUCAGGAGGCUUCCGGCCUCUCAUUCCCAUCAUCCCCUCCUUCAGUACUGCUCUCUACGGAAAACUGAUGCAGCAGAUCCCUGCCUACUGGACAAAGUGGUCUUCAGUCCCCACCACAGAGUGCAUUUUAGAGCUUCCUCACUUCACUAUACAGGCCACACGGGCCCAGACGCUUGUGCUGAAUACGAUUUGCCAAAGCUGGACUCACAGCGUGCUGAAAGGAGCCCCGCUGACGCUCAGCGAAGUCCUGCUCAACAAGGUGUAUAAAACUGCAGGUGUGAAAUCUCCUGGCCCGUCACCGAUUCUCGAGGGCUCGGUCCAAAAUGUGGAGCUGAAGAUCUGCAGCCGUGCGACGAUGAAAUGUGCCUCGGGAACUGUGGGAGCUGUAAAAGUGUGCGCCAGGACCCCAGGUUCUGUGGAUGGAGUGAAGGAGAAGCUGGUUCCUCUACUCCAGGGUCCGUCCGACACCAAAGAGCUCUAUACGAGUCGCUGGUUGAAUGAGAUACGCAAACCGGAAUCUCUGCUGGCCCCAGACCUGCUGGCCUUUUCUGUUCAGGUCCCUCAAGCCAGAGACGACUGCAGGAACUCGGGUGCCGUUCUGCUGGUCAGCGUCCAGGGCAUCGCUGUCAAUAUAGAUCCAAUCUUCUGUACAUGGUUGCUACACCAACCUCACCGAGGGAGCAGCCGGCCGCAGCAACAGAUUCUGGUUCCAGUUCCAGGUCCUUUGGCGAAGAGAAGAGAUGAUGAGGUGUCUGUAGGGAGCACACCAUUGGCCAGACAGGCAUCCAAUCAGGCUUCAGACUACGCCAGCAGCCCUGUCAAAACGAAGACUGUGACAGAAUCACGUCCUCUUUCCAUCCCGAUGAAGGUGAUGCCUGAAGCCACACCAGCAGAAUCAUGGACGACAUCAGAGGAAAGAAUGAAGGACCUCAUCGCUCAUGCCUGGGACGCUGUCAAACGCCUGACUGUUCAGUUUGAGCUGCAGUCUUGCUGUGUGUUCCUGCCCAACGACAGCCUUCCAUCUCCAAGCACCAUCAUCUGUGGUGACAUCCCCAGCACUGUCCGUAGCUGGUACCACAGCCAGGCCUCGAUGCCUGGGACUCUGGUUGUCUGCCUACCCCAAAUCAGUGUCUUCAGUGCCGGCCACAAGUACAUGGAACCCCUGCAGGAACUCCCAUUUGCGGUCUCCAAACCUAUCUGUGAGGAAGGUGAUGCCUUCCCGUGGACAGUUAGCCUGAGUCAGUUCAGUGUGUACACCCUGCUUGGGCAGCAACGAAGCUUGAGCCUGUUGGAGCCUGUGGGCUGCACCUCCACCCUGGCCGUCACAUCCAGUAAGCACCAGGGCUGUUCGGAGGGAAGGCAUUCCUUUGUCGUGUGUCUCCACGUUGAUCUGCAGCCCAUCCAUGUCAAGUGCUCCAAUCCUCAGGUUCAGCUGUUGUACGAGCUUCUCCUUAGCUGGAGCUCCACAUGGUCUCGUCCCCAGAGGCCAGGCAUUUUGCGUCAGACCUCCACUAUCCCAGAAACGUCUGCUGGAGCAGCUCCAUCCUCCCCAGUGCGCAGCAGUGCCGGGACCGCCCCACCGGACACCAGCACCUGCAGCCCUUCUGCAGAUUUUGGCUCCCCUACUGAGGGUGACUCGAUACCAGCUGGAGAUGAUGGACCCUUUGCUGACACGGUGACGCUUGAGCAGAAAACUAGCAGCAUUGGCGGCACCAGUGGAAAGGUCAGCCUCUGGAUGCAGUGGAUGUUACCCAAGGUCACUGUUAAACUCUUUGCUGCUGACCCAGUGGCCAAAAAAGCAGAAAUUUGUGUCAUCAGUGAACUAGAAGACCUGAGCGCCUCAGUAGAUGUCCAGGAUGUUUAUACAAAGAUCAAAUGUAAAGUGGGCAGCUUCAACAUCGACCACUACAGAUGCAGUGUGGAGGAGGGCAUUCUAAGCUCCGCUGGCUCUGGAGGAGUGGUCCUGUCUUGCACUGACAAGCUGAACAGACGCACUGUCCUGGUUCGACCCGUCAGCAAGCAAGACUCUUUCAGCCACUUUUCUGGCUUUUUCCCUCCUACAGCGGCUAAGGUCCUGGAGGGUUCUCACCAGCAGCAUGGCUUCCUGUCAAUCACCUACACCCAGGCCGUCACUAAAAACGUUCGGCACAAACUCACCACCCGGCCCGAGAAGCCUUCACGCAGCAGCAACGCCACGGCCAACCAGCGGCUGACCACUGAUCCUCUGGCAGACAGCUCGCCUCUGUACCUAAGAGAAAUCCUGCUAACAGCCCAGCCUUUUGAUGUAGUUUUGUCCUGUCCCUUGUUGGCCACCGUAGCAGGAGUGUUCCAGGCUACCAUACCAAGGCGCUACAGAGAGCGAGGGAAGUCUGCAGGUCAGCCAAUGAGAAGCCACACGUUAACCUCUCGGUGUCUGCCCCUAAUCUACAUCAACACCAGUGUGAUCAGGGUCUUCUGUCCUGGAGCACAAGACAAACAGCCACCAUCAGCAGAUUCUCCUGUGAAAAAGGAAGACACCCUGGUGUUAAAGCUGGGUUCCCUCAGUAUGGCCCCACAGGCUGAUAACCCACUGACCCGCACUGUGCUGCGUAAAGACAUCUACCAACGUGCAUUGAAUCUUGGCAUCCUGCGUGACCCAGGUUCAGAGGUGGAGGACCGUCAGUACCAGAUUGACCUCCAGUCCAUCAACAUUGGUACAGCCCAGUGGGAGCAACUCAAGCCAGAGAAGGAGGGAAUUAAAGGGGGUGUGGCAAUGGAAAAUGAGAGGAGCUCCCAGAACCCAGCCCUGGAGUGGAACAUGGCCAGCAGUAUCAGAAGACACCAGGAGCGCCGGGCCAUCCUUACUCCCAUCCUGACGGAAUUCUCCGUUCGGGUGACUGCGGCUCCUGCCAUCAUCUUCAGCAAGAAUCUGUCUCCGGACAGCAACCAGGCGGAGGAGGUGGUCGUAUGUGGCCACUCUCUGGAGGUCAACGUCACGAGCAGUCUGGAUUUCUACCUCAGUGUGGCCCAAGUGCAGCUCCUUCAGCAACUUCUCAGAGACAACAUGGUGGGCUCGAAUGCUCCAGAGGCCAGCGCCGAGGUGCAUCGGCACAAGCAGAAACGCAGCACCGGAGACUCCGUGGUGGGCGCCGACUCCUCGUCGCGUCACAGUGUGACCGGGCAAGACAGCGGCUUCGGCAGCGACAGCGCCCCCAUCCGUAUUGUCCAGAUCGAGCAGCAGAGCGGAGCCAGCCAUCACUGCAUCGUGCGCCCCUCCCACAAAUCCACCAUCACCAAGAACCUCAGCUUCAUCCCAUUUGACAUCUUUGUCACUGCGAGUCGGCUGUCUGUCAUGACCUACGCCUGCUCUGACCCCCCCAAGACUCUUCCCUCAUCGUCAGACCCACCCAGCACGCCAGAGAAGAAGGAGCCUGGAGAAAAGGUUGGAAAAAGUGCCCUGAACCAUCCCGAAGUCUCGUCAGACUCCCCUCCAGCCUCGGUCUCCCCAACUCCAGAACUUUCUCCAGCUCCCCAGGGUUCCCUGGCUGGGCUGACUGCUGAGGACCUCCUCAAUAGCAACACCUCCCAACCAGCCUCCCCACUGAUAAGAAGCAGUCUGCUCUCCCUGGAGGGCCUGCCCAUCCCCAGCCGCUCCUCAGCCCGCCACGCACUUGGUGUGACCAUAGUCAGGCAGCCAGGGAGGAGAGGCACCGGUGACCAGGUGCUGGAGCCCCUGCUGUACCUCCAGGUGACGCAGCCCUCUGCCCUGCUCAGCUGUCACCACCGGAAACAGAGGAUGGAGCUGUCAGUGUUUGAUGUGGCCUUAAGGGGAGUGGCUUCUGACUACAAGUGCCUAGACCCGGGAAAGACUCUGCCAGAGUCUCUGGACUACAAUGUGUUUUGGCUGCAGACGGUAGCCGGAGAGGUGGACAGUAAAACGGGGGUCCCUCCCCCUCUGCUCUGCCUCCACAUCAAAGAUUUCCUCAACGGACCAGCUGAGCUGAGUAGUGAACUGUCUCGCCCUCUUAAGAUUAACCCCACACUGGCUAAACUGGAGCAGGUUAAGGCCUACAUGAAGAAGAUCCUACCAAAUCACACAUGGGACGCAUCCUGUAACGCGUCCUCCACAUCCACAAGCUCUCAGUCCUCCCCGACCAAGAUGGCGUCCAGGUCCGUCCCUCCUCAAUCAGACCGCCAUCAUCAGGUCUCAGCACUGACAAGCAAAGCUUGCGACCUCACAGGCCUCGCCAUGUCCUUCAGCAAGGUCACCCUCCAAACUACCCAGAUUGUAGUAGUCAUGGAAACAGAAGCCCAUCUGAUGAAGCCUAGUGUGACCGUAUCUGUGUCGGGCAUGAGGGGACAUCUGUGCUUGAAGUCAAGACAAAAGAUGGAUGACACAGUUCAAGCUGCCUCCGUGCAGCUGGAGCUGCGGGAUUUGCUGCUGAGAACUGGAUUGAAGGACCGGGUCCGGCUGUUGCUGGGGCCGUUCUCCUGCAGUUCUUCUCUGGAUGCACAGUGGUGCCGGCACAGUAGUAGCCCUGGACCUGAACCUGGACCCCCUAAACUGCUCCUGGACCUGAAGGGAGGCUUGCUGCAGGUCUUUUGGGGACAAGAGCAUCUAAACUGUCUCAAGCUGGUGGAGGAACACCUACAAGCUUAUUUCCACCUCCAGGAAGGAGCCUCGGGUGAUCCUCAUCAAAAACCAAAGUCCUGCAAGACUCAACCCCCACCCUCGCCGGGUUUGACGACUCCUCAGACGGAGCACAGCUCUGAUGACCUGCGCACAGGUCAUUUUCAGUACAUCCAGGACUCCAAGUCUCACAAGCAGCCAGGACCACAUGAGGUGGUGUUCUACAGCGAGACUGAGGACAGCCCGGGCGUGAUGGCGUGGAGGUAUCCUGAGCCCCGCGUCCUAACCUUUGUCCGAAUAACACCCGUCCCCUUUAACACCACGGAAGACCCCGAGAUCAGCACUGCCGACCUUGGAGACGUCCUACAGGUGCCGUGCAGCUUGGAGUACUGGGAUGAGCUCCAGCAGGCCUUUGUUUUGUACCGGGAGUUCAGCUUGUCAGAGAGUAGCGCCUGCCAGCUGCAGCUACCGAGCCUCAGCCUCACCGAGCAGCAGAAGGAACUGGUGGCCUCGGACUUGUGGAGGAUUGUACUCAGCAGUAAUGCAGAGGCCGGAGAUGAGCUGAGCUCGGAUAGCGAGUCUGGGUCUCAGCUGCACUACGAUCAGCUGGUUUCUCCCACAGCGUUGGCCGCCUGCACCCGUGUGGACUCGUGCUUUGCCCCGUGGUUUGUCCCCUCCCUUGGUGUCUCCCUGCAGCUUGCACAGAUAGAACUUCACCUCUGUCACCACCUGGAACAGCUGGGCACAGUUCCACCUCGCCGUCUUCGUCCCUUUGUGCCAGACAGAAAGUUGCCGCAGGAACAGGAGUUCAUGGUGAUCGGUACUCAGGAUCUGCAGGUCUUCCUGCGCCAGUGGAGCACUGGGCCACUUCACUGCCAGGAGUUCAGCUUUUCCACUCAGCUGGACUGCAAGCUGCUGGAAUACCGAAAUCUCACCCACCUUCAUCUUGUCCAGCCUUGCAUGGUUCAGGGCCAAGCUGCAGCCACCUGCUGUCUCCAGAACACUGUGCUAGACGUUAAUGUGCUUGUGGACCCAGUAUUCCUCAAUAUCAGCCAGUACGCGAUCCAGACUGUGAACACGGCUCUGCACAGCUGGCAACAGAAUGGGAACCUGGAAGCUGAGGAGCUUGUAUACAGUCAUUACGUGAUCUGCAAUGAUACCCACGAGACCCUUCGUUUUGGCCAGGUGGACACAGACGAGAACGUGCUGCUUGCCAGCCUCCACAGUCACCAGUACAGCUGGAGAUCCCACAAGUCUCCUCAGCUGCUGCACAUCUGCAUCGAGGGUUGGGGGAACUGGCGCUGGUCGGAGGCCUUCAGUGUGGACAAUGUGGGGACUCUGCUCAGGACCAUUCAGUACAAAGGACGCACCGCCUCCCUCAUCAUCAAGGUGGUGCAGCUCAGCGGCAUCCAGAAACAGGUAAUCAUCUGUGGACGGCAGGUGAUGUGCAGCUACCUGACCCAGGACAUUGAGCUGCGGGUUGUACAGCACUAUGUGGGGCCUGACAGUCAGACGGUGGUUAGAGAGCACUGCGACUGUCUGGAGGCUGGAGCCAAGUUACCUUCUUAUGUGCUGGAGGACGCAGAGAUGACAGAGCUUUGUGUGCGUGCUCAAGGAGAUGAAGAGUGGUCACAAGAUGUUCAGCUGGAGAGUAGAGACAAAGACAGCAACAGCAGCAGCUGUAUUGUACAGGUGCCUUGUUCAAGUGGUUCUUUGCUGUAUGUGUGGUGUUCCCUCAUCACUAUUGAACCUGAAUCUCACAUGCAGCAGAGGGUGGUGGUUUUCAGUCCGCUGUUUGUCAUGAGGAGCCACUUGCCGGAUCCGGUCAUCGUCUACAUCGAGAAAAGGAGUCUUGGACUGAGGGAGAGCCAACUGAUACGAGGACAGGGCCACCAGGAGCCCCUGCUGAACACAGAGGCAGACCUCACUCACCACCUCACCUUCCAUGCCAGGGAGGAUGAAGAUGUGUCGCAAUGUGCUGUGCCGAUCUCCACGAGCCUAAUCAAACAGAUCCUUAACAAGACCAGGACUGAGAACAAUCUGGAGCACAUCCUGGCUGACUUCUAUGGUCCACAGAUGACCCGUGAGCCUACAUGGCCCUACGUCACCAAGGAUCCCGACAGGUUGAUACAGGACUCCCUUGCUCAGUGGGACAGCCCGAUGCAGGUAAAGUUAUCCUGUUGGAAGUCAGGCCUCAACACCCUACUGGUGGAACUGCUUCCAUGGGCCCUACUUGCCAACCAUUCACAAUGGGACCUCUGGCUGUUCGAGGGAGAAACUAUCGUACUGCAGAUACCAGUUGGCAAGGUCAUUGUUCCACCAAACUUCAAGGAAGCCUUCCAGAUUGGCAUCUACUGGGCUCUCACUAACACCGUUCACAAGUCAUUGGCUCUAAAACUAGUCCAUGACCUGACUUCUCCAAGAUGGAAAGAGGGAUUGGGGUCAGAGGUCGUCAUACUGGACGAGGAGGGCUACGUAGAGGUCGAUAUUCCUUUAGGAGCCUUCCCUGGGAGACAGAAGCUGUGUCAGUUCUGUGUGUCGUCUGUGGUGAGACACGGCAUCCAGAUCCUACAGAUAGAGGAUAGAACUGUUCUGGUCAACAACACGCCUUACACCGUACUCUGCAGGCCGCUGCUCAUUCACCACGCACUGGGGGCUGAAGACCAGGCCUGUCAGAUUCCAGACACAGCUGCGUUCAGUCUGCCACCCUCUGAUGGGCCGAUGGGUCGGCCCUGCUCCGUGCCAUGCUGGGACAUCCUCCAACCCAGCAUCCAGGGAAAGGUGGAGUUCCCCAUGGCGCUCAGGCACAUGCUCUUCAGCGUGUCUCCCGGGCCGGAUGCCAGCGACGGGUCUCCAGCCUGGAGCCUCCCCGCACCCAUCCGACCAGACUUCCCCAGGCAGAGUGUGUCAGUUCCCAAGGAACCGGGCUCUGGGGGUGGCCCAAGCAGUAGAGCUUUAGUGUUGACCAAUCAGGAGCACUUUGGUGUGACGUACGUUAGUCUGAAUGAGGACCCGUGUCCUCGCAUGCUCAUCCACAACAAGUGUCCUUUCCCACUACUGCUGAAGGAGAAUAUCAAAGAAACCCCCUGGACUGAGGUCUACUGCCGCCCUCUGCCUGCUAACUGCUCUCUGCACCAUGAGCUCUACCAUCACUGUUCUAGUUUCCCUGAAUGCAGGCAGAGAGACGUGUUGCCCACCCUGCAGCUGAAAACCAUCUCAGACCACACCAGCGGCUGGACCGACCCAGUGGACAUCAACUGCCCCGGCACACAGGUGGUCUUCCUGCCGACCUUUGGCUGCCUCUACAUAGACGUGAUGUAUGAGAGAGGAACCCUGGUUCUGUCUCUGGCACCAGAGGGCAGUGCUGACAUGGCAUUCGACCAGCACAGCAGGUCUUUCAAGCUGUCAUGCACUGUCCUUCUGAGUGAGGCCAGUGUGGUGCUGAGUGAUGACAUCACCAGUCCCUCUGUUCCCGUUGAGCUGCUGAGACUCACUUUAACCAAACUGCUGGUCAGCCUGACCCCAGCACCUGCCCUCCUGCCCCCAGAGCUGGACGCAGCGCUCGUCUCCUCUCUGAUAUCUGAUGCCUCCGUCAUCGAGCUCUUCUGCUUCAGUCUCCAAGUGGACAACCAGCUGUAUAACCGCACCAGCUUCCAUUUCCCCGUCUUACUGUGCCAGGACCAGAGAGGGGAACCAGAACCCGGACCUCUGUGGAGCGGCAACGCCAACCUCUCUCAGUCUCCUGAAAUCCUGGAAGAGUUCAAACGCUCCUGUUUUCUCCAGCUGAAGCUGGUGAUGGCUGCAGACAUGUGCUCCGUGGAAGAGGUCACCUUCCAGUUGCAGCCUGCCAGACUUUACCUUGAAGACACGUUUGUUUACUACAUUAAAACACUUUUCCACACCUACAUCCCCAACGCCGCCGGGACCUCAGGAACACCGACAGCAGCCUCCAUCCUCCCGGAGCAGGUUCUUCAGGCCUCGCAGGCGUUGGUCCGGCCGGUGCGGCUCCAGAGACUCACCAUUCAGCCGGUCAACCUGCUCGUCAGCGUCCACGCCUCCCUGAAGCUGUACAUCGCUUCAGACCACACUCCGCUCUCCUUCUCCAUGUUUGACAGAGGGUCGCUCUGCACCACGGCGAGACAGCUGGUCCACACUCUAGCCAUGCAUUACGCGGCAGGAGCUCUCUUCAGAGCUGGCUGGGUGGUCGGGUCUCUGGAGAUUCUGGGCAGUCCUGCCAGCCUGGUGCGGAGCAUCGGUAACGGUGUGUCCGACUUCUUCCGCCUGCCGUACGAGGGUCUGACCCGUGGUCCCGGAGCCUUCAUCAGUGGCGUGUCCAGGGGCACCACCUCCUUCGUCAAACAUAUUUCAAAAGGCACGCUGACAUCCAUCACCAACCUGGCGACCAGCCUGGCCCGGAACAUGGACCGUCUGUCUCUUGACGAGGAGCACUACACCCGGCAGGAGGAGUGGAGGCGCCAACUGCCAGAGAGCCUCAGCGACGGACUGCGACAGGGCCUGUCGCGGCUUGGCGUUAGCUUACUAGGAGCGAUAGCGGGAAUUGUAGACCAGCCCAUGCAGAACUUUCAGAAGAACUGGGAGAUGCAGACCUCAGCUGGCAGUAAAGCCAAAGGAGUCAUUUCUGGAGUGGGAAAAGGCAUCGUGGGAGUUUUUACCAAACCCAUUGGAGGAGCAGCUGAACUGGUCUCCCAGACCGGAUAUGGAAUCCUGCACGGAGCAGGACUCUGGCAGCUGCCCAAACAGCGCUACCUGCCUGCAGAGGAGAAGGCAGCUCAGGCUCCCAACAGCCACCUGAAAUACGUCUGGAAGAUGCUCCAGUCUUUAGGACGCCCGGAGCUGCACAUGGCACUGGACGUGACCAUUGUGAGCGGGUCAGGUCAAGAACACGCCGGCUGCCUGCUGCUGACCUCAGAGGUUCUGUUUGUGGUCAGUCUCAGUGAGGACACCCAGCAGCAGGCAUUUCCCAUCACUGAGGUGGAGUGUCAGCAGGAUCCUGCAGAGCGGAACCAGCUCAUCCUCACUUUACAGCAGCAGACGGUCGCCAGCGACCCUGAGGCCGACGGCGUUCGUGAGCGCCUCUCGGAGCAGCAGUACCAGCGCCUGGUGGACUACGUGACUCGAGCCUCCCAGUUUCUUUCCCCAUCUGCUGCCUCACUCCAACAGCAGCCAAUGGUGACGCUCGCUGAGGCGCCGCCCCCUAUCACCAAGUCUUACCGCUACCUUGUUGUUCCUGCUUCUGCCAGGGUGUUUGUUAGCAAGUUUACCAUGGUUAAGAACAAAGCCUUACGCAUCGGAUUCCACUAACGCACACCAACGCACUCUGCCAAAGAAUUUAUGAAGCGACCCGCUCAUCAUCGCAGGGCAACACCCACACUUGAUUCGACAAGUAAACCCAGACCAAGUAUUAGUUUAUUAGUUUGUGCCCAGAAACAUAGAUGCCAGGUUAAGUAAUUAUUUGUACUUAAUUGAUAAAUGACAGUGUGGAGCUGACACGCUUUGUUUCAGUCAUUUGGCAGCGAUGUUUGAAGCACUCCUGGUGAUGUUUGCGUCGAUAGUUACACGGAGCAGCCAAAUGGUGUCACUGCCAAAUGUAAGACUUUGAUAAAUAAAAAUAAAAACCUUGUUAAAAUUAGACUGCAGAGUCACAGCUUUGACUCCUGUCCUGGAGCGCUGCAGACAGAAUGUUGGAAAAUUCUGCAUCAUCACAGAAAUAUUUAACGUUAACAUUCUUACUUUCUCCAAAAACACUUUAUUGUGGCAUUCUGGCAUUGGUUUAGCUGCAGAUACCAUUAAACACAGUAAUAAUCACACACCUGGUUACUGGAUCAGGACUUUGGAUUGGAAAAG